AUGUGCCCGACAAAUACUUCCGCGCAAAUGUACGGCACCAACACGGCCCGUUACGCCAUGCUCUGUUUCUGCAUCGGCGCCCUGUACACGAGCAGUGCGCAGAUCCUCAACUGGGUCUCCGAGGCCAUGGCCCUGCCCGACCAGAAGCCCUCCGUGGCGCUCGCCUUUGUCAACUCGUGGGGCAACCUGUCCAUUAUCUGGGGCAGUCGCCUGUGGCCGAGCGGCGAGAGCCUGGGCUACAAGACGGGCUUCACGGCCGUGGUGAUCUUCACUAGGUUCGCCGUCAUUCUGGUUUCCGUCAUGCCGUACUUUUUUAGUCUCCUGCCUAAGGAGCCGCGGACCAAGGUGAAGCGCGGCCUCAUCGCGAUCCAGGCCGGUCAAGCUGCUGAAUGGGAGGACUAG